UUCUUCCUCUGAGUCUCCUCCAUUCAGUGCUGCACUCCUUGUGUGCCACCCGGACCGGAAAUUGUGAGUGCUUCAGGGGAAAAGGUAGUUGCUUUCUUAACUAUAAGCAGAAAUGGCUCCCAAGAAGGACCCUAAAGCUCCCGCCAAGAAGGCCGAACCUGCACCUGCACCCGCACCGGCACCGGCACCCGAGCCAGCGCCCGCUCCCGCAGCGGCCCCCGCUAUUGACCUGUCUUCCGUCAAGAUUGAAUUCAGCGCAGACCAGGUUGAUGACUACAGAGAGGCCUUCGGCUUGUUUGACAGGGUGGGUGACAACAAGGUGGCGUACAACCAGAUCGCUGACAUCAUGCGCGCUCUGGGACAAAACCCCACCAACAAGGAAGUCAGCAAACUGCUGGGAAAUCCCACACCUGAAGACAUGGCCAACAAGAGAGUAGAAUUUGAGGGUUUCUUGCCCAUGUUUCAGACAAUCAUCAACAGCCCAAACAAGGCACAAUUUGAGGACUAUGUUGAGGGUCUGCGUGUCUUUGACAAGGAGGGAAACGGCACAGUCAUGGGUGCUGAGCUCCGUAUUGUCCUGUCAACACUUGGAGAGAAGAUGAAUGAGACUGAAAUUGAUGCCCUUAUGGCAGGACAGGAGGAUGAGAAUGGCUGCAUCAACUAUGAGGCCUUUGUCAAGCACAUCAUGUCUGUGUAAGGACCCUGCCACUGCGGUGGUGAACAUCGACUAGUGCAGACGACCCCAUGGUGUCGCGACAUCCACUCGCUGUUUCCUGAAUCAUCUUGUGGAAGCAGGGGGAACAAAGGACUAAGAGAUGUCAUUUCCUGAACCCUGUUUUGUUAAAUCCUACUUUUUUUCUCUCUCUUUUGUCCAAAUGGUGCUUUAUUAUUAUUAUUUUUCAUUUCUCUCUUCCUCCUCCUGCUACUUGGAAAGCAGUAACGAUUGCAGACGAAGUGAUUCUUCCUUCAUCUUCAUUCAGGUCCCGUGGUCUCAUUUGGGGUUUUUGUUAUUACAGAGGAACGGUGAUGGAGGGGGAGGUGGGAUACAAAUGACCAUUUCCUCCCACUCAUUGUUUGGCUGGCUGUCUAUCUGCCAUGUAGGUGACUGGUUUGGCCCAGGACUGGCCAUCAAAAUCAAUCCACCCUUCACUCAAUCCAUCCCUGAGUCUUAAGUUAUUGUAUCCUCUGCCAUUUCACAAUAAACGUUUCAUACUCCCAUUUUA